CGCCGCCGUCGCCACCGUCUCCCCCAUCUCUGGAUCCUCUGCCGCCCUCCGCCUACGGAUUCGAUCCCGCGAGCCCCGAUCGCCCCGCGUCUGAGCCCGACCUCGGCCGCCCCUACCUCGCCACCGAGGGCCUCCUCGUGCUGUCGCGCCCGUCAUCUUCCCCGGCACUGGCGAUGCGUCAAGUCGCCGCCGAUGCGCGGGCGACGAGGACGGUGACCUCGUGCGGCGAGGCGAGGCGAGCGACGACCUCAUGGGUCACGGUGCAGCGGGGCAGAUCGAAGAUGGAGGGGCGAGGCAGAACUUCGAGCGGUGGCCUGAGACGUACCCGAACGCCGUCCUAGUCCUGCAGGCCAAUGUCCAGCGUGGCGCCAAGCUGGCACGAACAGGCAGGUGUGGGCAUAUUAACCGAAAACCGAUUCACCAAACCGAAUAAACCGGAACCGAAGCCGAAUUCACCGAAACUGAAAUGCUCGGUUACACAUUCGGUUGCCAACUGUGGAAAACCGAACUAAGUUCGGUCAAUUCGGGUAUAUGCCUCGGGUGACCGAAUUAACCGAGACACCGAGAUAUCUUUCUUUAGUGUCUAUCAUAGGACCGAAAGCUGCUCCUAGCCUGCCAACGCAAGUCCUUAUUUCUAAUUCUUUGUUUAAUGUCUAUGAUAUGUAGUGUUCAAUUUCAAUUUGUCAUCUUCCUUGCUGACCGAUGAAAGUUUUGAUUGAAUAUGUCGUUCGAGCCUGCCGAGUGCUGUGUCCUGACAGCCUGACAACCUUUUUCAAGUACAGGAACAGAAAAAAGUACAAACUACUGUUGAUUGUGGUGCAUUAGUACUGAAUCGAUGUCAUGAGCAGUACAGAUGUUCGAUCCUGUUCGGUGAGAUCGGGACACCGAACCGAAUUAGCGGGUGACCGAAAGCCUCAGUUAGCGUGUGUUCCAGUAACCGAUCGAUGCUUAUUUCCUGAAAACCGAAAUUUUCUAAACCGAAUGACCAGCCCUACUUCCAGCCAAAAAAAGUUGGUAAUUUAAAAAAAAAUAAAAAAUGUGGUUUUUUAGAAGAGUGCCACAAAGGUGAUUUUGCGUAAUUUAAAAUUAGACAUUUCCGCACCACCACCUCGACCUUGUCUCCGCUCCGCUCCGAUGGCGAUCCCGUACCGGAUCACCGGCGGCAGCCGCGGCGGGCACAGCCCGCUGCCACUGCCGACGGCGAGGGCGCUCCUGGCCGCCGUCACGACCGGCGCGGUGCUCUCCAUCCUCUGCGUCCUCUCCUUCACCGACUCGCUCUCCUACCUCGGGUUCCAGCCCGGGGCCGUCGGCGACAAGCGGGAGAGCAGCCGCAAGUACCUAUACUGGGGCCCGCGCGUCGACUGCCCCGGCAAGCACUGCGCCUCCUCCUGCGCCGGGCUCGGCCACCAGGAGUCCAGCCUCCGCUGCGCCCUCGAGGAGGCCCUCUUCCUCGACAGGAUAUUUGUUAUGCCUUCAAAGAUGUGCCUUAGCUCAGUGCACAAUACAAAGGGGAUACUUGAUUCAAGCAAUGCAACUUCGGACUCAAGAUGGGAAAGGAGUUCUUGUGCAAUUGAAUCCUUAUAUGAUAUAGACCUCAUAUCGAAAACUGUACCUGUUGUUUUGGACAAUCCACGGUCAUGGUAUGGGAUAGUAUCAAGAAGUACGAAGCUAGGAGAGGGAGAUGUUGCGCAUGUGCAAGGAGUUAGCAGAGCUGAACUCAAAGAAAAUCCACUUUACUCAGCUGCUCUCCUUAUAAACCGUACCGCGAGUCCUCUUGCUUGGUUUAUGGAGUGCAAGGAUCGGAACAAGCGUAGCUCUGUGAUGUUACCAUACACUUUUCUGCCAACUAUGCCAGCAAGAAAACUGAGGGAUGCAGUAAAUAAGAUGAAAGAGAUACUUGGUGAUUAUGAUGCUAUUCAUGUAAGACGGGGUGAUCUACUGAAGAAUAGGAAAGAUAGAUUUGGUGUUGAGAGGAGCCUUCAUCCCCAUCUGGACAGAGAUACCCGCCCUGAAUUCAUCAAAAAAAGAAUCGCGAGGUGGAUUCCAAAAGGUCGCACUCUUUUCAUUGCUUCAAAUGAAAGGACACUGGGCUUCUUCUCACCUCUAUCAGACAGGUAUAAGCUAGCGUACUCAUCUAACUUCACUAGCAUAUUGGAGCCCAUAAUCGAGAACAACUACCAGCUAUUCAUGGUGGAAAGGUUAAUCAUGCAAGGAGCAAAGACAUUUGUGAAGACAAUGAAAGAAUUUGAUAAUGAUCUUGCCCUUUGUGACGAUCCCAAAAAGAACACCAAAGUCUGGGAAGAACCAGUUUACACUGGUGGUUGACAUUACAUAUAGCUAACCUGCAUGAAUCUGUCACUGAUAUUAAAAGUUAGAAAACGAUGACCUACACAACUUACCAUGAGACAUAACGGUCUCACAUAGGUAGAUAUGACAGAAGGUUUAGUAUGAUACAGCAUAAGGGAAUAUUUGUUGUUUGGUCCAAUGUUGACCUGUAGUUCCAUCUGAAUUCUGUUGAUCUCGAGCACACUGAAUGCAGCUGUGCACACUCUAGUUUGUACUGAGCUGCCGAUCCAGCUGCUAAUGUACACAUCUAUGUAUUUUGUUCAGACAAAACAUACGAUACAUGUUCCAUUCUGUGGUCCUUCAUCUUUUCUCUUUAUGCUUGGGAUCAGAGAGAUUUUGAGUU